CGGUCUGUCCUUCCUUCCUGCUUCGCCUCCACGCCUCGGGCUAUGGGGCAGAGCCCCCGAUACGCUAGCACCACCUGAGGAUCCAGAAACCGCCUCCACGAUGGAAGAGGACCAGGAACCGGAGAGGAAAGCCAUAGAAGAACUGCUUAAGGAGGCAAAACGUGGAAAAACUAGAGCUGAAACAAUGGGACCCGCGGGUUGGAUGAAGUGUCCUCUUGCUGGUACCAAUAAAAGAUUUCUAAUUAACACAAUUAAAAACACAUUGCCCUCUCAUAAAGAGCAAGACCAUGAACAAAAAGAGGGCGAUAAGGAACCAGCAAAGAGCCAGGCCCAGAAAGAAGAAAACCCGAAGAAACACAGAAGCCAUCCUUACAAGCACAGCUUCCGUGCCCGAGGCUCCGUCAGUUACUCCCCGCCACGGAAGCGGAGCAGCCAGGACAAGCACGAAAGGCGGCCCAGCCGGGAGCGAGGCCAGAGCCAGGGCCAGCCAGCCCUGCGGGCCCCGUGCUCCGGGAGCGGUGUGCAGAGAAGGCGUUAGCCGGCAGGGUAAACAUCUGAGAG